AUGCCUGCGGGAAUCCUGCCUCAAAAUGAAGAGCCAUACUCCACUUUGGUGAAUGACAGUCCAUAUGCUGCCAACAUGAAGGGAAAUCCAGGGCGUCCAACGCCAAAGUACACAAAGGUUGGAGAGCGGCUGCGACAUGUGAUUCCUGGACAUGUGGCCUGCUCCGUGGCGUGUGGCGGCAGAGCUUGCAAGUACGAAAACCCGGCGCGCUGGAGCGAGCAGGAGCAAGCCAUUAAGGGGGUCUACUCGUCCUGGGUCACUGACAACAUCUUGGCCAUGGCUCGCCCGUCCACUGAGCUCCUCGAGAAGUACUGCAUCAUCGAGCAGUUCCGAAGCCAUGGCAUAAAAACAAUCAUCAACCUGCAGCGCCCUGGGGAGCAUGCCAGCUGCGGGAACCCCCUGGAACAAGAAAGUGGCUUCACGUAUCUUCCUGAAGCUUUCAUGGAGGCCGGCAUCUAUUUCUACAAUUUCGGAUGGAAGGAUUACGGUGUGGCAUCGCUUACCACUGUCUUAGACAUGGUGAAGGUGACGACAUUUGCCUUACAGGAAGGGAAAGUAGCCAUCCAUUGUCAUGCAGGGCUUGGUCGAACAGGCGUUUUAAUAGCAUGUUACUUGGUUUUCGCCACGAGAAUGACUGCUGACCAAGCAAUUAUAUUUGUUCGGGCGAAGCGACCCAAUUCCAUACAAACUCGAGGACAGCUCCUCUGUGUAAGGGAAUUUACCCAGUUUCUCAUCCCUCUCCGCAAUAUAUUCUCUUGCUGUGACCCCAAGGCACACGCCGUUACUUUAGCACAGUAUCUGAUUCGCCAGCGGCAUCUGCUUCAUGGUUAUGAGGCCCGCCUUCUGAAACACGUACCCAAAAUCAUCCACCUCGUUUGCAAACUGUUGCUGGAUUUAGCUGAGAACAGGCCAGUGGCGACAGAAGAGGUGGCAGAGGGGCCCAGCCUGUGUGCGGAAAUCGAAAAGACUGUUUCUGAGGUGAUCACCAUGCAGCUGGACAAAGAGUUACUGAGGCAGGGCAGUGACGCCUCAGACUCCUUGCCGCCCGCUGCAGUGGCCGUGGAUUUUGAGAAUCAGGAUGUGAUUCUUUCCAGCGAACAGCAGAUUGACCCUCUUUGGAAGAGGCGGAAUGUUGAGUGCCUUCAGCCCCUGACGCCUCUGAAAAGGCGAUUCAGCUACAGCGACUCUGACUUAAAGAGGGCUGAGUCACUUCUGGGGCAGGGGGCAGCUCCAUGGACGGGGCCUGCCGCAGCCUUGCUUGGCCAUAACCCCAGACAGCAGAAGCCCAUAAGCCACUGUCACACCCCCCAGUCUCCACAGCUUGAUCUGAGUAAGGAAACGCUGGUCCGAAAUACAUUCUCUUUCUGGAAUCAAGCUAAAUUUGGAGGCCUGGAAGGACUCAGGGAUGAGGGGUCACCGGGUUUCCAUAGGGAGACUGCUGCGAAGGAAGUACAGCGGAGUAGAACCUUCUCCUCGGGGGUUUCGGGUCCCUACAACCCUGGGGAUCCAGUGAGACCCAGCUUUGCGGAUGUCCCUGGGGAACCGGACCGUUGUCCCCAGCAAGCGCCCCGUCUGUGUGGGGCUCCCUCCGCUCACUGCUCUGAGACUCCCCGCAGCCUCGGGGACCGUGACUUCCUCUGCAAAGUACCCUCCUCGGUUGGACCCACAGCCCAGGAAGGCAAAGACCUGCCUGAGGUCACUGCGCACACUGCUUCGCAGGCCAAACUGAGUGCCGAAGCCAGGAGAGUGCUGGCUGCCAAAGCCCUGGCAGAUCUCAGUGAGCUUGCAGAAGAGGAGGGAGUGAAAAGGAAGGUAGAGAUGUGGCAGGGUAACGCAGAUGUGCUCUCAGUCACGCUUUUUCCUCUGCCGUUCCGCUUCAUUGCGGGCCAGCACCAGACCAUUCUCUGCGUGUUGCACUGCAUUGUGAACCUGCAGCCCAUCCCUGCGGAUGUGGAGGAGGCCAUCCUUGCCCGCGCCAUUAAAGCCUUCACCAAGGUUAAUUUUGACUCUGAAAACGGACCAAUAGUUUACGACACCCUAAAGAAAAUAUUUAAGCACACACUGGAGGAGAAAGGGAAAAUGACAAAAGAUGGCCCUCAGCCUGACGUUUAG